CAACAGUGCACGCGACAGCCUCGCCAGCCCGCGGAUCGGGAACACGCCAAGCUGGUGAACCUCGACGGCGCCUGGGACACCACCCUGGGGGCGCGCCAUCUGCAGCGUGGGGAAAGAUGGCUGCCUCCGUUGGGCUGGUUGUUCACAUCGCCACCUGGAUCUCGGUCCUGGCCCGCUCCUGCCUCCCCUACCAGAUCUUCACCGUGGACUCCUCCGACGUCUGCAACAACACAAUCUACCUUGACAGCGGGGCCAAACCGGCGGCCAUUCUGAGAUUAACUGCCAAGGAUUACUACGAUUUCUCUCCGUUGUUUUGCGAGGUCACGUUCAACGCGCCGAGACACAGUUGGACCGGCCUCGUGGGGGUUCUGGAGGAGGUCGACCUCAGGAGAUAUGAAUUCAGCCAUCGCGCCGGCCAGAGCGAGUGCGUCGACUCCAUCAAGGUUCGAAGAAGGCCGCAGAUGUGUCUUAUGGUUGUUGGUGUCAGUGAAGCUGCUGGCUGGGGAUAG